AUAAGCUGCCACCACCAUACCGCCGAUGGCCACUCCAUGAGCAUGUUCUUCACCGCGUGGGCCACAGCGGUCCGCGAGGGGAAGGACUUUACCAUGCCGACCCCAUUCCUCGACCGUGAGAAAACCGUGGUGCCCCGAAGCACGCCAACGCCGGUUUUCGACCAUCGGUCGCUGGAGUUCAUGUGUGGAGAUAGAAACGCCGCCUACAUCGUCGUCCCCAUGCACAGGAUCAAGAACCUCAAGGUGCACUUUACGGCCGAGUUUGUGGUCGACCUCAAAGGCCGUGUCGGCGCCCGCUGCAGCACGUUCCAGUGCCUGCUCGCGCACGUCUGGAAGAAGAUGACGGAGGCUCGGGAUCUGAAACCGGAGGAGUUCACCAAGGUGAGGAUGGCUGUGAACUGCCGGGGCAGGGCCAACCCUCCUGUGUCUAUGAACUUCUUCGGGAACAUGGUGUUAUGGGCGUUCCCAAGGCUUCUGGCCGGGGAUCUCAUGAGCUCGAGCUACGGCAGCGUGGUCGGCGCCAUCCGCGACGCCGUGGCACGCAUCGACGGCGAGUAUGUGCAGUCCUUUGUGGACUUCGGCGAAGUGGCUGACACCAACGGAGAGGAGCUCUUCGCGACGGCUGCCGCUCCCGGCUCCAUGUUGUGCCCGGACGCAGAGGUGGAUAGCUGGCUGGGGUUCAGCUUCCAUCAGCUUGAUUUUGGCACCGGGGCGCCGGCCGCUUUCCUGCCGCCGGACUUGCCUUUCGAGGGGCUCAUGUUAUUCGUGCCGUCACGCGAGGCGAACGGCGGCGUCGACCUCUUCACGUCCAUCGCGGAGGACCACGUUGCGGCGUUCGAGCAGAUCUGCUACUCCUUGGAUUGAUUGACCCAACCACGGCCAUGUUCGCAUCGUUAUGUGCUUCCAGUUUUUCUACAACUAUAUUAUGAAUUCAAAUAUGGAUGAAUUAUUUGAUAGGGUUUUGCACUGUAUACUUGUAUAGCUAUCCCAUAUUGGAAAAUGAUUAGAAUUAUC